AGUAAUGUCUCUCCUACUUUUUGUCUCCAAACCUAUUUUUCACUCUAGUUGAAGAUGUAAUAAAAUACCUCGACCCUCAGUACAUUGACAGAAUGGCUGUUCCAGAUGCCAUGAAGCUGCAGUUCAUCUUGUCAGAGGAGCAGUUUAUUCCUUCGCGAGCAGCCCUUCUGGAGCAGGUGAAGAACAUCCAGCCCAUCUUGGACGGUGCCAGUAUCCAAGCCAUUCCUGACCACGCAGCCAAACUACAGCGACUCUCUCAAAUCCACAUACAGCAACAGGAACAGCGUCACGAUCUCACCAACACUAUCAAGGCACUCCUCAAAGACUACAACAAAACGAUCCUCCUUCUCUCCAAGCACUUUGUCCAGUGGAAUGAAAUACUGACACGGCUGGAAAUGGCCAAGGAGGUGAAGCCUGUGGCAGAGUGAUGGCAGAGCCGGGAGCGCGGAGAACCCCGGGGACCCUGCUGGCCGUGGGUCUCUCUGGAGAGGCUGCAGCACAGCUUGCACCCUGCUGUCUCAGCACCUUCCCCCUUGGCCUGAGCAUGCUGCGAGCAACAUCACAGGCUCUCGGGGAGCACCCUGGCUCUAUGGCUGAGCUGUCGGCCCCGAAUCGAAGCCACGCUACUCCUUCAUAUGCCACUGUUUGCAAAUCUUGCACUUCCCCGAAACACGUUUUGGUUUGUAACGUAUUUUAAACUCCCUUUCUGCUCUUACUGUGGAGCGUAGUAAAGUCCUGCAGUGCUGACUGCGUUGUCUGUGCCUCCCUGGGUCCAAGGACUCCUCCUGGGGUGCGCAGACCGUCCCUCCACGGGCCGGUAAAUCCCUUCCAGACCCGCAGCCUUCCCCGGGCCGCGGCACAGCGCUCGGCCCCGC